AUGGUAUCUGGGUUAAUCAAUGCAAACCCUGUCAUAUAUGAAAAGAAAGAGCGUCGAGCACGAACUGCUCCAUCUACUUUCCAUGAUGAGUAUGCUGUUGAACCAAUUGACCAGCAAGAAGACCCUGAGUACUCGUACUCCUUGGAACAGCUUAAGGUGGUCACGGAGGAAGCAAUUGAAGUUGAUGACAAGCGGAAUUAUGUCAGGGUAACAUUUACUCCAACAGUGCAACAUUGUAGUAUGGUAACCAUUAUAGGUUUAUGCAUACAUGUCAAGCUCAUGAGAAGCUUGCCUUCACGAUACAAGGUGGAUAUCAGAGUAGCACCUGGAUCUCAUACAACUGUAGAUGAAGUUAACAAACAAUUAAGGGAUAAAGAACGCAUAGCAGCUGCAAUGGAAAACCCAAACAUUGUGCAUUUGCUCGAUGAUUGCCUUGCUCCAUCUUUCGAUUGA